AUGUUGGCUGACGACAGCAACAUGGCAGACGUGUGGUACAAUGUUGGCCACGUCGCUGUGGGAGUCGGAGACCUCGGAUUAGCGUAUCAGUCGUUUAAAAUCGCGGUGUCCGUAGAUAGUGGACAUGCUGAAAUUAUGAUGACGGUGUAUGUCGAGGUAAACCUCUUGAGUCUUAUUAUUAUUGCAUCCGCGGAAGCAGCUCCGGAUUAGCUUGUGACUCUGCAAGAUACAUAUUGUUUUUUUGUCUUAAGAAGAGAAAGAGUUUCUUGAAUUCUAAGGCCAAUGACAUUGUUGAUAGAUAAUUACUAGCCUCAGUAACAUGAAAUCAGGGAAGAUCGCAGGCCAAGGUCCACAGAGGAUUGACCUUCCCCAAAGCGAAACCCCAGUCACCACCUUUCCUUCAUACUCCGCUACAACAACCUUGGUGUUCUCGAAUUGCGGAAGGGCAACAUCGAGCAGGCGCAGGAGCAUUUCAAGGGUGCUCUGAAUCUCGGAAGCCACUUCUUUGAACCUGCGUUUAACAAUGGGCUCUUGGCUUUCAAACUUGGGGAAUUCCGCGAGUCCUUCGAAUAUGCCAAUAAGGCCUUGACGGCCUAUCCAGACCACAUAGAAUCGAAGGAACUGCUGAAACAAUUGAAAACACACUUCUCGACUUUGUAGUAGGUGGGGUCCUGCUUAAGAUUAAGGCUGGACCUAAUACAUCUUUGGACAUCACAUGAUGAAAUGUAUGGACGAGGAGCAUCCUCUGGGAGUAUUCGCCCAUACUUUUCAAGUGCACUUGAAAGAUGAAUUACGGACAGCUAUAAUAAGACUUGGAGAAGAGUUUACUCCUCUGGGAGGACGUCAUAGUGGAUUUGAUUUUGCAUGGAGGGUGUUGGAUUCAAACUAGUACACAUUGACUCUCUCUCGACACUACUCACACUGACACGACUCUCUUAGCUCGACUGAUUCCUUGUUUUGCUUCUUACAGUUGUUUCUGACUGAUGGUUUGAAAGAAACACAGCUAAAACGGACACACAUCCAAACAUCC